GGCAGCUGCACACCGACCGACUAGAGGCUGCGUCUCCCCUCUUUCUCUUCCAGCACGUGAAAAGAACCGCGCCGCUCCCCUGCCGCGCGGAACACUGUGCGCGCGCCCCCCGCUCCCCCCCAAUUCAAUCUGGCGCUUCAGAUGGCAGCACGGGAGAGACGCUCCGCGCUCUGAUCACUCGCUCCGUCGUGCCAUCCCGUUCCCAUUGUCCACUUUUUUUUUACUCCUGCUUUCCGCACACCGGGAUGACGAGACGCUCACUGAACGUGUUAACGGCGUUAGCAUAGUCUUUCACCUAAGCCUGUUCUAACAACGACUCUGUUUCAAGACAUUGACAAGAGGCACAGCGGCUUUCCCGCUACACCUCGCAGUUUAAGCACAGUGCCCGGUUGACUUGAAGAGGCGAGCGGCGGCGGAGCACGCGGCAGACAAAAGGCGAUGGGGUUAUGAAACCGGCGGUAACGGGAGGAUGCGCCGGGAGAGAGGGGUCUAUUUAAACGCUGAGCUCCACGGACAGCGACACGCAGGAACAACAUCAGUCCAAACAGAACAAGCGAUCAUCAGACAGCGACGAUCAGAAUCGUAGGCUGUACUUACCGCCAAGGAACUGUUCAUAUUUUUUUGUGGUGAACCCCAUCGCGCGGCAAACCUCAACCCCUGGAUUAUAAACCUUGGCGGGUUCUCGCGUAGAGCGGACGCUUCCUGAGGAGUCCGUGAAGACAGGGAGACCCGAAAGCCGGAGCUGUGGUCUCAUGAACCAAACCUGGGAGCCGUAGGUACACCAGCACUUCUUACCGAGACACAGACUCUUUUUUUUUUUCUUCUCUCUAAACGGUCAAAUCUUUAAGACUGCUGUACUGUCGGACAGGCGAUCAGGGAGUACCAUCCGUUUGAUUCCGUCCCGGUAUCUUCCCUCUAAAGAGUGUUUUUUUUUUUUCUUCCUGUCACCACUGAUAGGCCCUUAUUAACAUAUUUACCAUGAGAACCGAUCCGAGCGACAAUCGAAAGGACUCAGCAGCUCAGUCAUUCCAUAAUUUGGUUCACCAUAAUUCUUGUCAGUAAUAAGUACUUUCAAUACAACAUACAGUUACACACAACGCCAGGUCGGUCCGGUGGAUUAGCCCUGGUACAGAUGUGAAAACUUUAGAGCUAUUUAUUUGAGAGAAGGUAGACGAGGCAACAUCCUCGAUACACAGGUCGACAUUGGUAUCAUUUUGGACUGACACGGAUGUUCAGUGAUUUGGGAUAAGCAGCCAGAAUUCCCCCCUUUGGAAUCCUUCCGAACAGGCAAGAGUCCAGAACACACGGACACACAGUCGUCCGUGUUUCCGUUGACCACCGGUCGCGUUAUCGCAAUCAGAGGGGCAGACGUUUCAUGCACGUGUUUAUCUGCCCGGAUCUCUCCAUGGUCUGCGGCGUGACAGAGUAGGACGCCCAAAGGGCCAAUAUCGACCAGCGCCUCCUCGUCUCGACUCGUGGAGCUGCUGUCGAGUCACCCGCCCCUGGGCGGAAGUUUGUUUUGGGAGUUGAAAAAAAGUUCUCCACACGUGGGCGUUCAGAAACAGGAGAACACCAUGGGGUGUUGUAGCGGCAGGUGCACCCUGGCCUUCAUCUGCGGCAUGCAGUUGGUCAGCGUGUUGGAGCGUCAGGUGAUUGACUUCCUGGGCUACCAGUGGGCUCCCAUCCUGACCAACUUUGUUCACAUACUAGUCGUCAUACUGGGCCUGUUUGGCACCAUUCAGUUCAGACCACGCUAUGUCACCGGGUAUGCAGCAUGGCUGGUCGUGUGGAUGACCUGGAACGUCUUCGUCAUUUGCUUUUACCUGGAGGUUGGAGACCUGUCCAAGGACUCAGACCUGGUCCUGACCUUCAACCUGUCGAUGCAUCGCUCCUGGUGGAUGGAGAACGGCCCCGGCUGCAAGGUGACGCCGGUGGCUCCGCCGCCCUCCUGGGCCCCCGAGGACCAUCGCUACAUCUCCAUCGCCGGCUGCCUGCUGGACUACCAGCUGAUCGAGGUGGCCCACUCCUCGCUGCAGAUACUGCUGGCCCUCUUUGGAUUCAUAUACGCCUGCUACGUGGUCAAGCUCAUCUCAGAAGAAGAGGACAGCUUUGAUUUUAUAGGCGGCUUCGACUCGUACGGGUACCAGGGACCUCAGAAGACGUCUCACCUCCAGCUGCAGCCCAUGUACAUGUCGAAGUAACACACGGCACUCAGCAGAAGUGAUACCACACCCUGGACAUCUCCAUCUUUAAUCAAGGGAUUACAGCCUAAGUUCUUGCUUCUUAAUAUUUCUAAACGUCUUAAAACAAACAACCCGGCAGCUUCGACGUCCUUUAAAUCUUCUGCGGAUCCGUUUCUGAGGAAACAGGGACCUCUUGUGGACGAGAAUGGUAACGACAGGACUGAAUUCCCGUCUCUUGAACGCUGGAUUUGUUUCUGCAAUAUAUUAAAACCCAACAGGGUGGGACAAACGAAGAGCUGAGGAUUAAUGGGUUGAACUUGAAUUCAGCUGAAGUACCAUUUCCUCUGCUAUCCAGACCUUGACAAGGACUUACUGCUGAACAACUUAAAGCCUACAUUUGUUUUGGGGGUUAUAAGUAGAAUUCCGCCAUCUGGAUGGGUUUAAUUGAUGGUGAACUGUUACAUCUUUCAAGGGAAAACGGUGGUCAAACUCCUGCCACGUACUCCGAAGGAUUCAAAUAUCGCUCUUGGAAUGCUUCGCUGUCUGAAAGGAUGCUUCUCUUCUAUGGCCAUGCCUAACCAAAGAGUUUUAAAAACCCAGAGAAAGAGACAAUUUUCUUGACCACAGAACUCAAACCGAAUGUCUUUUCUCUGGAAUUUGAAUCUCUUUGUGCCUCACGGGUCAGACACAUGACCUCUGAUCACAGAACACACAACAAGCAUCUACCAGACUAACACUUAAAGAAUGUUAUGCGUGUGUAUUUUUUCUCUAAUGUAAUACAGUGGUGUUUUCGAUUAGUGAUGAACAGCAGAGACACAGAAAUCAACAACUGGAAAAGAAGCGGGGUUUGGCGACAUGCAGUCAAAGUCGUGAGAUAGUCAGCACGACGUAUUCGUUUUAGAUAGAAUAAUACUGAACUUCGCAAUUACAGCCUACACCUUCUUUAACACGUGCAUCUUCAAGGAAUAAACAUGAGCGCACACAACACACAAAUAACACGCCUAACUUAAAUUAAAUUGGCCAUUAACGUCAUACAAAUAUAUACAGAUAUUUAUAAUACAAGCAAUGUUUACAACAGGUUUUCUAUCUGUGCUGCUGGAACACAUAUAGACGGACAGAAGAUAAGGAGAGAGAGGGAGAAAACGUUGUUACAAUUUGGAUCAACCUCCUUCCAUCGGCCUGGAACCGCGAUCAGACAUUGACCUGAUUGUCGUCCCAAAAUAGCCCUGUUCGAUUCAAACAGAGCGUUACAGCCAAACUGAUACAGAAUGGUUGAUAUUCAAUGUGGGGCAAGCAAGGGCGUCUCAGUCAAUCAGCCAUACGACGACACACACCCAGACCCACACGUGCACACACAAGCACACACACAACUCACACACACAGACACACACGUGCACACACAAGCAAACACACAACUCACACACAGACACAAACGUGCAGACGCACACACACACACACACACACAUACACAUAAACAUGUGUGCAGACACACAAACACACACACACGCACAUGUGUUCAGACACACGUGCACACAUACACACAAACUGCAGGCACACAAAUACGUGUGCAGCAUGCACACACAUACCUUCAUGCAGACAAACACACGCACAAGUGGGUGCAGAAACACAGUAACUCCCACACGUACAUAUUGGCACUCAGAUAGUAAGAGGGCACAUUGUCAAACAUUGUCACUGCUGGGCCAUCAUGGCACCCUCUGCCUAUCCCCUCUCUCUCCUCUCCUUCUGGAAUACGCCAGACAAUAAUGCAAAACCAGAUGCAUAGCGCCGCGGGGUAGUUCCCUGAACCGAGUCAAUUUAUUCAGUGAUUCUGAACAGUACGACCAGGUAUAGGAUCCUGCUCCCUCUCCCUUGUUCCAAGCUGUAGGCCCGGAGAGCUACAGGACACGGAGCUGUAAUGUGUCCGUAGACCCGAGGGAUGUUCCCUUGUUUCGCUUCCACUGCUAGCGGAAUCACAGGAUCGUCGUUUUCCUUUGUAUUGCUUAGAAUGGAGAGUGCAACGUGGACCAAAAUGCUUUGUUGAGGCCUUUUACCGUUAACCAAGUGGAUUCGUUUUGCGGGUAUUAUUUUAUUUUGCGGGUGGGGGACCACCAAAACAAACCAACACAGUUUCAACACGGGCUGAUGUCAACAUAGAGGUGGGCCGACCAACCGACCCGACCAUACGUCUGUCAACCGCUGACGUUGCGCACGCUAGCUGGUCAUUAGGUUAUCUGUCAAUCCUGGACGGUGAACUCUGACCUCCGAGGUCAUAGGUUUACCUACGCUCGCUAACCCCCCACGAGGCUGCGUUCACGCAGCGAGGGGGGAUGGCGGACGUUGUCGUGUGUGUUUGCAUGAGGUGUCGUAUUUAAUCUCAGCGCUGCGUGUGACUCACUAACUAGCUGCGCCGAGGGAACUUCUUGGUUGGUUGGAAUGCUUCCAGACUUAUUUUGAAGUGUUCUCAUUGUGAAACUUUGUGUGUUUUUUUUUUAUAAUAAAAGUUUAAAAAAUGUAUACUACAAAAAAUGUGCUCAUACCAGGAGGAAAAUAAUAAUUAAGAAGUAAAAUAGUCAUGUAACUUUGAACUUCUAGACGUUUUUUAACAAUGUGGCGUUGUUAACUGUUUUUUCUAGUUGAUUACUAAUGUGUGAUGUUGUCCACAAGUGGAAAAAAAACAACGUUUUUUUGGUUUUGUUUUUUCUAAUUGUACAAUAUUCUAUAUCAGAUAGAAGACAGGUAGCCGGCCAGUAGAGAGAGCUUCACGUAGUCACAUUAUGACCUGAAAUGUUUUUGUUCAAGCGUAUACAGUUGUCGUUCAGGCUACUCAGCAGUUUCCCAUCAGAUUGUGUCAGUGACAUACAGGCAGACCAGCUACAUCUUUACCCCCACAGAUCACUUGGAAAUGUCCCUGUAAAACAAUGACACAGAAAGGUAGUGUUCCCAAAGGCCGAGUAACUAAUCAGUCAUAAUUGAACUUGUAAUGAUUAAAUAUCUUAGCCAGCUUGCCUCAACAGUUCCAUUCCCUGCUCACAACCUAACCAAAUCAUACAACCCAUUCAUAUGUAUGGGAUGCGGUGCCCUAGCAACUGGCAUUGUCCCUUUGGCUAGUGUCUCUUGACCCUAAAGUAAUUUGAUGGUCGUUAGAGGUGAGCCUUGCUCCUCGGAUGGAAUUUUGAUACGAUUUAACAGUCCUGUAGUGUGAGCUCGGCACUCGGCACUAGCUGAAUGGUUUUAAAUGGUAGCUGGAGGCAAAUAUUGUCCAAACAUGGCCGUUGACAGUCAGCAGCUCUCUAGCCGAGCAGGACGGAUGUGAGGACCUUCUCUUGAAGGUGUAGACUUGGACCCCUUUCCUUUUCCUCUGCUAUCUACCUUUCAAGCCAAUCAUACAAGUCUGUGGACGGUCCGAAAUCAAUAACAUGGACGAGAGUAGUAUAAAAGGGGCCUUUCUAAUGCAUAGGAGUGCUACUGUAUGCUACUGAGUAGGAUGAAAUAAAAGGAUCAUUUCAGAUCAUAAUAUGACCACCUUAUCUGUAUGCAAAAGUGAGUGUGCUUGUGUGAGUAUGUGUGUUUGCAGGCAUGUGUGUGUGUAUUUUUAUACACGUGUGCAUGCGUGCGUGUGUGCAUUUGUGUGCGUGUGUGUGUGUGUGUGGGUGUAAAAUACUGUACUGAUACUUUUGUGGACGGAACAGAACAGGAACUUGCUGAGGCCUGAAGUCUUCACGUCUAUUGAAUUGAUUUAUUAACACUGCAGAAGACAUGAAGAUAAAAAACUUGUCAAAUACAAUUCCACAAAUAAAGAUUGUUUUGUAGUCAGUGUGACCGGGGAGAUUAAAUACAUUGGUGUAAAGCACUUUGGCUGGUUACAGUUACUUCAAUAAAACAAACAAGAGUCCACUUAUAAAUGGCUGUCCACACUGUAUUCUAUUCAUUCUGCAACUUUAAAAUACAGAUUUAGAUUUAAUAAGUGGCCAGACAUUUUUAAGUUUGGUAAGUAAUAUAGGUUUACAAUGAUACUCACAAUAGAUAUUGAGAGGCAAUAUACAUUGAGAUAAAAUCAGUAAAAGUUAAGUAAAAAUUGCCCACCUGAAAAAGUCAAUUCUUAACUCUAAGAUAAUGUGUCUAUUUUCACUUUAUAACAUCCACAGCUCAGCAAUAGGGCUGUUAAUGAUUUACUACAGAAAUAAUGUUGAUGCUGUUUAUCCUUAGACUACAAAUAACCAGUCACUGUACUUAAUAUUCAUGGAGUAGGAUUGUGGAACCAAGGUUUUGAGUAAAAACUGUACAAUGUUUGGCUUGUUUAUGUUCCUCAUUUGGGUUGUUUAACAGAGGUGACUAUUAGUAGAACAGAAAGAAAGGACAGACUAUCUUGUGUUUUUACUGUUCUCGAAUUAAAGCCAAAUUAUACAACAUUA